AUGCCUUCACUCCAUCUCCCCAAAAUACCAAUACCCCGAGCCUCCUACCGGGGAUACUCCACCUCCGCACCAUCCCCUUCCUCACGCCUGAACCUCCCCAUCGACUACAGAUCGACACCGCUCCUCCACCACACUGCCUCCAGCCUUUCAAACCACCCAGACCUCCCCAGCAAUCCGACCUCAAAAUCUAUCAAUCUCUAUCAAGCCAUCAACUCCGCAUUACGUACCGCCCUCUCCACCUCCAACAAGGUGAUGCUCUUCGGCGAAGACGUCGCGUUCGGCGGCGUCUUCCGCUGCUCGAUGGACCUACAGACUGAAUUCGGCUCGGAACGAGUCUUCAACACACCCCUAACAGAGCAAGGGAUUGUCGGCUUUGCCAUCGGCGCAGCAGCCCAGGGAAUGAAGCCCGUUGCGGAGAUCCAGUUCGCAGACUACGUUUUCCCGGCGUUCGAUCAGAUUGUGAACGAGGCAGCGAAGUUUCGGUUCCGGGAGGGAGCAACAGGGGUAGAUAUUGGGGGUAUGGUGGUGCGGAUGCCGUGUGGUGCGGUCGGACAUGGUGCUUUAUACCACUCCCAAUCACCGGAAGCACUAUUCGCACACGUCCCAGGUGUACAAGUCGUCAUGCCUCGCUCCCCAUCCCAAGCCAAAGGCCUACUCCUAUCCUCGAUUUUCGAGUCUAAGAAUCCCGUCAUUUUCAUGGAACCGAAAAUCCUCUAUCGUGCCGCAGUAGAACACGUCCCCAGCGAGUACUACACCAUCCCACUAAACACAGCGGAAGUGGUUAAGCCAGGAAACGACCUGACGAUAGUCUCGUACGGACAGCCUCUAUACCUCUGCUCCGCGGCCAUCGAAGCAGCGGAGAGGGCAUUCGGGGCGAGUAUCGAGCUAAUUGAUCUGCGCACGAUCUACCCGUGGGAUCGACCAACAGUAUUGGAUAGUGUGCGGAAGACCGGACGCGCGAUAGUCGUCCACGAGAGCAUGAUCAACUAUGGCGUCGGCGCUGAGGUGGCUGCUACCAUCCAGGACGGGGCAUUCUUGCGUCUAGAAGCACCGGUCAAGAGAGUCGCGGGGUGGAGUACGCAUACGGGCUUGAUGUAUGAGAAGUUUGUGAUUCCGGAUGUUGCGCGGAUAUACGAUGCGAUCAAGCAGACACUUGAGUAUUGA